UUUUUAUUUCUAUUUUUUGUAUACAUUAUAUACAAUACAAAAAAGUAAAGUAUGGAUAUUGAUCCAAUUCAUCUCAUUAAUAUUUGUAAUCCAAUCCUUCAGUCGAUUUCGCUUCAUUUAGUUCAGUUUUAAUUUCGGUUUAUGAAAUUUCAAUAAAAUUCAAAUUAAUAAGGAGUCCUUAUGUCACGUUACCGAGGGCCUCGUUUCAAAAAAAUACGCCGUCUGGGGGCUUUACCGGGACUAACUAGUAAAAGGCCUAGAGCCGGAAGCGAUCUUAGAAACCAAUCGCGCCCCGGUAAAAAAUCUCAAUACCGUAUUCGUUUAGAAGAAAAACAAAAAUUGCGUUUUCAUUAUGGCCUUACAGAACGACAAUUACUUAAAUACGUUCGUAUUGCCAGAAAAGCCAAAGGGUCAACAGGUCAGGUUUUACUACAAUUACUUGAAAUGCGGUUGGAUAACAUCCUUUUUCGAUUGGGUAUGGCUUCGACUAUUCCUCAAGCCCGUCAAUUAGUUAACCAUAGACAUAUUUUAGUUAAUGGGCGUACAGUAGAUAUACCAAGUUAUCGCUGCAAACCCCGAGAUAUUAUUUCAGCGAGGGAUGAACAAAAAUCUAGAACUCUGAUUCAAAAUUAUCUUGAUUCAUCCACCAAUGAGGAAUUACCAAAACAUUUGACCUUUCACAUUACAAUAUAA